CGGUAGUUGUCAGGCCUUAUCGCUACCCUUAUUUCCAGAAAGAUGAGAUCGAACGCCAAUGCUCUGAGAUGCUUGAGCAAGGAAUAAUUCAGCCAAGCCACUCACCCUUCUCAUCCCCUGUGUUGCUAGUAAAAAAAACCGAUGCCUCUUGGCGCUUUUGCAUUGAUUACAGAGAGCUCAACUCUAAAACUGUGAAAGAUAAAUUUCCCAUCCCAGUCAUUGAUGAACUGUUAGAUGAACUACACGGGGCGAAAUUCUUCACCAAAUUGGACCUCCGCUCCGGGUAUCACCAAAUUCGCAUGGCUCCUGAAGAUAUUCAUAAAACAGCUUUUCGAACUCAUCAUGGUCACUUUGAAUUUUUGGUAAUGCCAUUUGGUCUGACAAAUGCACCAUCCACAUUCCAAAGUCUGAUGAAUGAUAUUUUCAGACCAUAUUUACGUAAGUUCGUUUUGGUUUUUUUCGAUGACAUCUUAGUUUAUAGCAAAUCUUGGGUUGAACAUGUUCACCAUGUUCGUCUCGUCCUAGAUGUGCUACGUCAUAAUGGCUUAUUUCUUAAACAAUCCAAGUGCAGCUUCGGCACUGUCCAGGUUCAUUACCUAGGUCAUGUUAUCCAUAGCGGAGGGGUUGAAGUUGAUAAAACUAAGAUUCAGGCAGUAAUGGAUUGGCCCACUCCUAGCUCAAUCACAGCCUUGCGCGGGUUCUUAGGCCUUGCUGGUUACUACCGCAAAUUUAUCCAAAGAUACG